AUGAGAAAACUGUUGCCAAAACCACCGCAUAUGACACACCUCCAGCGGCACCGGUUGGAGUCAGUGAGUGACCACAGCGGUCCGACCAGCUCGUCGAGCAAGUCGGACACCUCGGACGGUUCGGCCUCGGAGAUAUGCGAGGUAAUGCAGGAGUGGUCCCUGGACGGUAGUGAUCCCCAGUCACAUCCGAUGCAGCUGCACCACCCGAACAACCAUCAGCACCUAGUCCAUCAUCAGCAUCACCACCAUCAUCAUCAUCACAACCAUCAUCGCCAUCAGCCGCACCACCGUACGCUUCUUACGACUCACGAACAUCUUCAACAUCAGCAGCCCCAGCAGCAGCCGCAACACCUGGGUGGACUGAUCUUGCCCAACUCCAGCUACACCCAGGAGGACGUGGACGAGCAGGAUGACGAUCUCGAGUACAGCAAGCACGACCUCAUCAGUCUGGACAACGGCAUCAUCACAGACUACGAGCGGGCACAGGUCGAGAGCUUCUUCAGCGGACUCGGCACCGAGGUGUACGUCAGCUCGUCGUUGGCCAACCUGUACGAGCGCGUCGGCAAGGAGGACUGGCGUCUAGUGUUUACUGGUAUACCGGUGCUGCUGCACGACAAGGGCAGCACACGGUCACGCUGUACGCCGAGGGUGUCGUUCGUGCUGGCCGAGCGCGGUACGUGCUUCGCCCUCUGGAAGGAUACCAUCGACAACCUGUCCGACUACAAGGUGGCAGCGGCCGCCUUCCAUACGAUGUGUCUAUCAGCAGAUCAUCGGAAAGUGAUCGGUUUCAGCUUCGAUUCGAACCAGGCGGCCCGGGAAAUGUGGGUCCGGGUGGAGGAACUGACGAGCAAUCCGGAAAACAUUGCCCUGUCGGCACCGGGCAGAAAACGGAAGACCCAGAAGCGUGCGAAACCGAUCGUGCUGCCGCCGAAGUCACAAAUUUCGCAACCGUGCCAGUUCAACCACGUUACCAGCGUUACGACCGGUGACACGCAGCGUUACUUCAGCCUGCAGGCGUUCGUAUCGGCACCGAUGAAGCACCGAAGUCCUUAG